CAUAAAUGAUAGUAGAUAUUAACUCUUAAAAAAUCCUUAAAUAUGUCAUUACCACAUUCUUUUGUACUGAAACUUGCUUCAGAAGAACCUUCACAACAUAGUUCAUAUUCAAACCAACUAAAAACUCUUUAUGGAUUAGAGCCUCAUAUAGUUUUAGAUAUAGGAUCACAUUAUCUUAAGGCAGGAUUUAGUGGUGAAAGUUUUCCUAGAUGUACAGUUGAAUAUGAUGAAAGAAGCUUUCUUGGAUAUCGGUGUACACUUGCAGAAAACAUUACACGAUUCCCAGUUGAUUUUGAAUAUCUUUUAUGGGAUGAACCUAAUUUAGAACUUAUAGGUGAUAGACUAGAAAUAUAUUUGAGAGAAGUAUAUAAUAAAUGGCUUAACAUAGGUUCUAAAUUUCGAAAAGUAAGCAUUGUAGAAUAUAUUUUGCUUCCAAUUAAAUUCAAGGUAAUUAUAGCAAAAACAUUAUUUACGUAUUUUCAAGUUCCCAGUAUAACAUUUUUAUCAUCUCAUGUUCUUGUACUUGUUUCACUCGGAUUAAAUAGUGGUAUUGUUAUUGACAUUGGAUCUAAAGAAACUAGUGUUAUUCCUAUUUAUGAUUUACGUCCAAUGACAUCAUUUAUUGUUACAUCAUCAUUGGCAUCUAAUUUUUGUUUUUCACGAUUGAAAUACUUGUUAACACAUUAUUCUAUUCCUCGGCUUGCAUCUCUAACAUUUUAUGAUGUUCAAGAUUUUUUGCAAAGAGCAGUAUUUUGUCUGCCAAUAUCACCACUUGCUUCAUCAAAAUCUACUAUUAUUUUGCUAGAAGAUCUAGAAAAUACUUAUAAAUCAAAUGUAGAAUGUUCUGAUGUUAUUUGGGAACCUCCUUCUCAAAAAGGAUUGGAAGUAACUGUGCCAGGAUGGGUUAGAGUUUGUAUAACUGAAGCUUUAUUUGAGGGUUCAGAUAAAUAUGCAGACACAGAUGAAAUUUCUAUACCUCAGAUGAUAAAAAAGUGCUUGUCCCAUCUUCCAAUAGAUAUACGUUCUAAAGUUUCAACCUCAUUGGUCAUUUCUGGUGGGUUUUCUUUAAUACCUGGUUUGCAAAAUCGAAUAAAUAAUGAAAUAAAAGCAUCAGGAAAAGUCAUUCGAAAUGAAUUUGGAGUAAAUGCAGCAUGGGUAGGAGCAAGUUUAUUGGGUGAUCUUAAAAUUGAAGGGCUAUAUGAAAUUACAAGGGAAAAUUUUAUAAAGAAAAUGAUGGUUCCUGAUUGGAGUAUUUCUUUUAAAGAUGAACCACAUGCAUCAAACGUAUAAUGAAAACUAAUUUAUGACUUUAUCUUAAAGUAUAUUUAUUUUA